AUGGAAUCCAAUCAUCGCGGUGGUGAUGACGGCACUCCCAUCUUCGACAACCUGGAUCUCGACCUCAUUAUCCAGGUGCUGGCAAACACUGCGUUCAGCCCAUUCUUUGUAGCUUUAAUGCCUGUCUUUUAUGUAUUUCAGGGGGCGAAAGUCUCUGACGGAAUUGUUGUCGGAGGUGUUGUUUACUACCUCGCCAUUUCUUUAUUCUGGUUCAUAAAAUGGUAUUCGCGACUAUACCGUAACCAGGGCAGUUUCAUCCUUCGUCCCAAGAGACUCGAAUGGAGCGACCAGAUUGUCGUUGUUACUGGCGGUGCAUCCGGGAUUGGGGAAUUACUCGCCAAUACAUUGGCUGUGCGGAAUGUCACCGUCGUCGUACUCGAUAUCAACCCCAUUGUAACGGAAAAUUACAAUAUCGCAUACUACAAAUGCGACGUAUCUCGAUGGGAAGAAGUUGAGGCUGUUUCUAAGAAAAUAAUUGAAGAGAUCGGAGAGCCCACAAUCCUGGUCAAUAAUGCCGGUGUUGUCCAAGGAAAAUCAAUUGUCGACCUCAGCCCUGAGGAUAUUCAACAGACUUUCGGUACCAACACACUCUCCCACUUUUGGAUCCUCAAAGCUUUCCUACCUGGUUUACUGAAGCGCAAAUCUGGACAUAUUGCAAGUAUCACCAUGUCUUCUGCCAUGGGCCUCGUUGGUGCAGCGCAAAUGUCGGACUACUGUGCAUCCAAAGCUGCUGUAAAAUCAUUACAUGAAUCCUUGCGGUACGAAUUAGAUAACCGAUAUAAAUGCCCAGAGAUUCGGACAACGCUAGUUUGUCCAGGACAUGUUUUGACGCCCAUGUUCAAAACGGUUUCUUUGCCAACAUAUCUUGGGUUCAGCUUUUUAGCACCUUCAAUCCACCCAGUGACAUUGGUGAAGAAAGUAAUAGCUGCAUUGGAUGACCAACAUUCCCAAAUCAUCUUUCUGCCUUUUUACGUCAACUUUGUUCCCUACGUUUCGCAUCUUCCUAGCUUUCUUCGGGAUGCCUUUCAAUGGAUAUCCGGUGCAGAUUAUGCCAUGGAAAACUUCGUCAAAAUUUCCGGCCGACGGGAAGACGAAGGCCCUAUUCCCGCAGAAAUUAAGACAAAGGCGUGA